AUGGUAUCGAAGACUUGGAUAUGCAGUUUCGUCAGCGUAAUUACAGCGGUGCAGGCCUUGUCUUGCGAGAAGCAUGAUGUAUUGAAAAAGUAUCAAGUGGGAAAAUUUAGCUCACUAACUUCUGCGGAAAGGGAUACUCCGCCAAGCACAACUAUUGAAAGGUGGUGGAUAAACGUUUGCGAGGAGCAUUCUGCAGAACCUCCAGAAGGCUGUAAAAAAAAUGAUAUGCUAUGUGGUCUAACAGAGGUCGCCUUGCCUGGCAAAGAUGCUAUCACCACUCAGAUUAUAGAUUUUGACAAAAACAUUGCUUUCAAUGUCGAGGAAGUUGAGAGUGCACUCAUACUGACACUAAAAGGCGCUAAGUGGGGGUCAAAUUCUUUUGACGCAAAACUGGAAUUCCAGUGUAAUGACAAUAUGAAACAAGACGAGCUGACUAGUCAUACAUGGGCCGACAAAAGCAUCCAAUUGUCCCUUAAAGGUCCAUCUGGUUGCUUGAAGAGUAAAGACGACGACAAGAAAAAGGGCGACGGUGAUAACGGUAAGGAUGGUGACAACGAGGGGAAAAAGCCAGCUAAGAAGUCAGGCGGGGCUUCGUGGUUCACUUGGUUAUUUCUAUACGCUUUAUUGUUUACAUUGAUAUACCUGAUGGUUGUAUCAUUUUUGAAUACCAGAGGAGGCUCUUUUCAAGACUUCCGUGCCGAGUUUAUUCAACGUUGUACUCUAUUUUUCACUUCCUUACCUGAAUUCUGCAGAGAGGUGGUUACGAGAAUCUUGGGUAGAAGUACUACUCAAAGAGGCGGUUAUAGCGCCGUUUAA